CUUCUCGUUUGGUUCUGCCAAAUACUGAGUGCUGUUCAAAACUGAUUGGUUCGGUACACUUAUGAAUUACUCACUUUGGUUUCUGGAAUUUGAUGUGUAAAGUUCCACUUGCUUCCAUUAGGCUACAAUUAGGUUUAUCAAGGUGGGGGGGGGGGUACUAAAAUGAAGAGUUGCUUACAUGAUCUGUUUUCUGCAGGAGAAUAGCUGUGACAUAUGUGGAGUCAACGGCUACAGUGAAGCUCUUGUAGUUUGCUCUCGGUGCCAACAAGCAUGCGAACAUGUCUACUGUAUGAGAAAAAACCUCAGAGGUGUUCCAGCCAUUUGGUUUUGUGAAGCAUGCAGACUACAGACAAAGAGUAAUUCAGAAGCCAGAAGUGAUCCAGUGAAAAUAAGGUCUCCCUUGCAGAAGCCUAUAGCACCAAUUCUCAGAAAUAGUAAUUGGAAAGGAGUUGAAACUGCAAGAGUAAAGCCUAUUUCUGCUGAAGAGGUAAUUAUGUUGGCAUCUGGGACCAAAAGAAAGGCAGUGAUUAGUUCAACUUCACAGCCUGGUCCAACAGAUGGCAUGAGGUCUACGUCCAGGAGGACUCCCCCUGUGUCAGAAUCUCUUUCAAAGCAUUUCUUUCAGAGGCAGAAUGCAACUUCAAAGAAAGUAGCUGUUCGAACCCAACCACCAUGUGGUGAUAGAAUUCCAUAUAACAAGCCAAGCCUGGGAGAGAAUGCAACUUCAAAGAAAGUAGCUGUUCAAACACAACCACCAUGUGGUGAUAGAAUUCCAUAUAACAAGCCAAGCCUGGGAGAGAAUGCAACUUCAAAGAAAGUAGCUGUUCAAACACAACCACCAUGUGGUGAUAGAAUUCCAUAUAACAAGCCAAGCCUGGGAGAGAAGUUGGAGCUGUCUAAAGUAGAGGAACCUGCGCACUUGGUUGGUGAGGCUUCUUCUCUUAUUGACUCACAAUACCAGAAAUCUGUUCAAGGAAAAGAUCUGGCAGUGUUUUCCCCCAGAUUUGAGGAGGAUCAUGAAAAUCUUCCUGCUCUAGAUUGUACAUGGAAGGGGAGCUUCGAGAUUGUCAAUAUGUCUUCCGGUAGCCACUUUUAUGAUGGAUUUCGGGCUCAUCCUCCUGGAAAAGUCUCUCGUAAAGCUUAUGAGUUUUCAAAGAAAAUGUCUGGAAUUCUGCAGUUUAAGUUGCAAAAUCAUUCUGAUGUAUGGGCUGAGGUCUUUAAUUCCUAUUCACCAUCUGGGUGUGAUAUUGCUCUCUAUUUUUUCCCUGGGGAUUUCGAGAGGUCAAUAAAAAUGUAUAAUGCCCUUUACGCAUACUUGGAAAUGCAUGAUUUUGCCAUGCGGAGUUGCUUGGAAGGAGUAGAGUUAUUGAUAUUUACAUCUAAACAACUGCCUCUGGAUUCGAGAAUAAAUAUGGAGUUUUACCUGUGGGGAGUUUUCCACCAUGUGAAAGGUAACAAUGUUCGGCACCCUGCAGAUGUACCAUUAUCUUCCUCUCAGUUGCUGCCAGGAGAUCUACAUGGGUACAAUGCUCACUCUCUCAAGUAUGAAAAUAAGGAUAAGCCUGAAGUUGUCGACAUGGACAUUGACAUGGAAGGAGGGAAGGAUGUUGGGAGAGUAGAUGUUGUCAGGCAUAUUUUCUUGAUACUCCUCCUGGAUUUUUUAGAUCAAUAG